CCAGCUCGCGUUGAAUUUAUUUGGUCGCUGCUUACGGCCACAUCGGUUGCGUCUCGCCGAAAACGGAACGGAAUCUAGAAAAGCAGAAAACAACGCAAAGUUAACUGACCAGGCGCGAAGUCCGUGCUUAAUCCGUUAUUUCGCGUUGUUCGAGUGUGAUCGAGCGUCGGUCGAACGCCGCCAGGACAAUCUCGAGUGUGGCCAGUUGGCAAGGACCCCCAACAUACAUAUGUAGUACAUAUGCCGCGCACCUAAUCGACUUUUGAUACGAUCCGAAUCGAUUUCAUUCGGCUUGACUGAACACUCAACGCCCCGUGCAAUCCAUAAUCUCAGCGAUUGGACAAUUGCAGCUGUAACUGUAACGCGAAGAACACAAAUUGUCAACAAAGUCGUAAAAGUUUUGCACACUCUGGCAAUACAGCGAAUAACGCAAAAGAAUAAAGCGAAAGAGUGCAGGCAGCAGCAAAUUAAUCAACAAAAGGCGCGCAUAGUCCAUAACCCCGAAGUUGGCGCAGCAUGAGCCGCAGGCUUUGAGGAGGAGGAGAUCCACCAGCAGCAGCAGUAGCAGCAGCAGGUGCACCCCAGCCGCAGCAGCCAAAGCAAGUGCCACCGGAGGUCAGAGGUCAAGGCUCAACCGGAAGUCGGAGCAGCAACAGCAACAGCAACAUGGUGCACGGACCGCCGGCCCGCAGAAAAUCGCAGCAGCAGCACGAGUCCUGCGACAUGGACCUGGAGCGACAGCCCACUCCGCCGGACGGCGGCUGGGGAUGGGUGGUGGUCUUCGGCUCCUUCAUGAUCCACAUAGUCACUGAUGGCAUGACCUACUCCUUCGGCAUCUUCUACAAUGAGUUCCUGGACUACUUCAACGAGGGCAAGGGCUACACGGCCUGGAUCGCCUCCAUAAUGGUGGGCGUGACCUUCUCCUCCGGUCCGAUCAGCUCGUCGUUCGUGAACCGCUACGGCUGCCGGGCGGUGACCAUCGCGGGCUCCCUCCUGGCCGCCAGCUGCAUCAUCGUGAGCAUGUUCGCCCAGAACGUGCUCACCCUGAUCAUCACGAUCGGCCUCGGGACGGGGCUGGGCUUCGGGCUCAUCUACCUGCCGGCCAUCGUGAGCGUGACGCAGUACUUCGAGGCGCGGAGGUCGCUGGCCACCGGGAUCGCGGUCUGCGGCUCCGGGUUCGGCACCUUCCUGUUCGCCCCGCUGACGGAGGCCCUCAUCGGGAGCUAUGGGUGGCGCGGGGCCAUGCUCAUCAUCGGCGGGAUCGUGCUCAACUGCAUCAUCUUCGGGGCGAUGUUCCGCCCGCUGGAGCUGGAGGCCCCGCCGCAGACGCCGCCGAACACGCCGAGCACGCCCCAGCUGGGCAAGAAGGCGGCCAUCAUCGACCAGAACACCACGCCGGCGGAGCUCGAGCCGCUCAAGCUCCUCUCCAAGGUCAACAACGAGGAGAAGGACAAGGACAACGACAAGGACAAGGGCCAGUACCUGCAGCUGCCGCCGCUCUCCGGCGGCGCUCUCUGCCGCUCGAACAGCGUGGGCCACAACCUGAAGCCCGGCCUGAACCUGAACAACAACUCGAACGGAGCCGCCAACGGACAGGGACCCACGGGGAUCCUGGUGACGCCACCGCAGGCGGUGGUGAAGAGCACCAGCAACGACGACAUCGCCCGCAAGUGCCGCAGCCAGCUGCAGCUGGCUCCCCUGCGGGACGGCCACCGCGAGCGGAGCGCCAGCGGCACCAUGUACCGCCCGGACGCCCUCUACCAGGGCUCGCUGCACAACCUGCCCGACUACGUGAGCUCCCGGAACGACCUGAGCCGCUCCAUGUCCGGGUCGGGGGUCAUCAAGCGGUACGGAUCCCUCCGCCAGAGCAACAGUGUGGCGCAGAGUCAGGAGGAGACCAAGUGCUGCGGCUGCAUCACGUGCUCCAAGGAGACCCGCGACACGUUCGCCGAGAUGAUGAACUUCUCGCUGCUCAAGGACGUGAUCUUCGUCAUCUUCUCCGUGUCGAACUUCUGCACGAGCAUCGGCUUCAACGUGCCGUACCUGUACGUGGCGACCUACGCGGACACCCUCAAGCUGACCAAGACGGACGCCAGCCACCUGAUAGCCACGAUCGGCGUGGCCAACACGGUGGGCCGCAUCAUCCUGGGCUACAUAUCGGACAAGCCGUGGGUCAACCGGCUGCUGGUCUACAACGUCUGCCUCACGGCCUGCGGAGUGUCCACUGCCAUGGUGCCGCUGUGCCACGACUUCCAGUCCCUGGUCAUCUACUGCGCCGCGUUCGGGUUCACGAUCGGCGCCUACGUGGGCCUCACCUCGGUCAUCCUGGUGGACCUGCUCGGCCUGGACAAGCUGACCAACGCCUUCGGCCUGCUGCUGCUCUUCCAGGGCAUCGCCAGCUUCAUUGGUCCGCCCAUCGGAGGUUGGAUGUACGACUUGACCGACUCGUACUCGCCUGCCUUCCUCAUGGCCGGACUGAUGAUCGCCAUCAGCGGACUGGUUAUGUUCGCCAUUCCGCCCCUCCAGCGAAUGCAGGCCCGCAAGUCGGAGCAGAAGCACCACGCCGAGCACCUAGCCCUAAGUUAGUCCACCCACUCCAUCGUGCGCACUUUGUUUUUGCUUACUGCUACUGCUAUUGCUAAUUCUAUAUUUGUUUUUUGUUUUUUUUUUUCUACUGUAACUAUACUUCUAGACGUGUAUUGAUGCGCCCAACACCUGGUUAGAUUAAGUCCUAGGCGUAGGCCAAACAUGUGUGUAUGCCAUAGCUAGAGCGUAUCCGAUUAUUUAUGUUUAGGCGACCACCCCUGCUGACCCCUCAAGCCCAGAUCCCAAAUCCCAAUCCCAAUCCCAAUCCCGAAACACCUCCACUGCAGGUGCAUGCAAAUGUAUAAAAAUGUAUACGUACGUACAUAUGUAUAUCGAUAUGCAAUUUGUACUAGAACAAUUUUUGUAACUCUACUAUGACUGUAUGCCUGUGCGAGUGUUUGUCUGGUUAUACGACAUUAAAGAAUGCUUUUGUACAACAA